AAACCCAUUAAACAUAAAAAUCAUUGGAAGAAAUGGGAUUACAAAAUCAAUUAACUGAUGUUUCUACUGAAUCUAUUCCUAUUUUGCUCGUAACUCUUCUCGCUAAUUGCAUCGCUAAUCUCCGUUCAAUCAUCUUCGCUUUUCUCCAGUUCGUCGGUGUUUCAAUGAAUCCGAUUCAAAUCGAAGAAAAUACGCUUUACGAUGCCGUUGGUUCAGGUUUAGCCGGAGUUGUUAUGCUCGCUGAACAGCUCAAUUUGAAUCGGAUGUUCUCGUAUACAUUUGAUGAUCAAGGAGACGAAGCUUCUGGUUCGAGCUGCGUUGUUUGCUUGAACCGGUUGGGUGAUGGUGAAAAUGUGAGGAAAUUGGAUUGUAAGCAUGUUUUUCAUAAGGUGUGUUUCGAUGGAUGGUUAGAUACGUUUAAUUUUAAUUGUCCGAUUUGCCGGUCGUCGUUAUUGAUGGUUUCCGAUGAGCGCGUGGAGAUCACGCGACGGCGCGUUGUAUGGGAUGUGAUUGAUUGGUUCUCGUUAAGGUGAAAUUUACAUGGCUGACCAUGAUGAUGAUGAUGAUGCAGUCAGAACUUCGAUAAAUGAGAGGUGUAAGUAUCACGAGGUGUGAAGAGAUCUCGUACUAAACGGAACGACUUAUACAAUCAGUGUUUUGGUGAUGAUGAGUGAUGAAUUUCACGAGUUUUUUUAAAAAAAAAAAUAGUUUUGGAGGAAUUAUUUCCGGUUUUUGAAGAGCUUAAUGUGAAGUUCUUUUUACUCGUGUAAAAAAAGAAAUUAGUUUUUGGCGAAGUUAAUAUUUAUUUUGCAAUAAGUUCAAUUUUCCACGAAUUCGAGACGUGGAAACAAA